AUGUACGACAGCAAGGGUGUCGCGUUGCACUCUGAAUUGAUUCAUAGAUGGAAUCACGCCUUUUCCAUCUUAUCCAUCGUUGCAUUUCCAAAAAAAAGAUUGUUGUUUGCCGGUAGCCAAGAUUCUAAAAUUUUAGUCUUUGAUCUUCCCACUUAUAAUCUAAUCUAUACUAUUAGACUGGGAGAAUCACAAGAGGAGACACAUACCAGGUCGUCGGUAUUGUGUUUGACAAGAUCAGAAGAUGAAAACUUUUUAUUUUCAGGCGGUGCAGAUUCUUUAGUGAGAAUUUGGUCUAUUGGCGAAAAGACCACUAGGGAUGACUUCCUACCAGUUACUGAAAUAGCCACAGUUUACUCUGUGACUGACAUUGGAGACAUAUUUUCAUUGGCGUAUUUGGAUUCAUUGGAAACUAUCGUCUUUGGCUGCCAAAACGCAAGUUUACUUUAUGUAGAGAACUUAAUUCAGAAAAUUGAGAGAACAUCAUCCAAUAGAGUAGAAAAUAUUAAUAAAUUACCGCAUAGAAGAUAUGACAAAUUCUUUGAUUCGUUGGGCCCCACUGGAUGCAGUUCGAAUUCAUUAUCUCAAACCUCGCAGACCUCAUUACAAGAAAAUUGUGGUGCUGCCAUCAUAGAGGUUCCUUCCGAAAACAUUAUUAAAUAUUCACACUAUGGCUUUGUUUAUUCUAUCAACAAGCUGUGUUCUAGAUUUAACCGACUAUUGGAAAAGGGUUCACAGACUUCUGGUGUAGAACACAUAAUUUCUUCUGCUGGUGAUGGGAUAAGCAAACUUUGGGAGUUCUCUAGAGAUAACGAACACAAAACUGUUAAGGUGUCUUUGAUAAACGAUAAAAUUGACAACGAGGAUAGUGUCAUAUCUCAAACCAUCGAAUUCCCAUUCUUAUAUUGUGGGUUAACUGAUGGUAUCCUAAAAAUCUGGGAUUUGAACACCCAGCAAUUAAUUUCUACUCUGAAAACAAAGGAUGAAUCGGAUGUGAUUUCAAUAUCAGUUUACAUGGAUCAUAUCUUUGCUAUUGAUGAAUCAGGCAUCACUCAUUUUUAUCAGAACCAGGUUAACCAUUGGAACCCACAGCAAGGUAAAAUACUAAGCUCAGAGAUCUUUAAUAAAACAAGCUCUGGAUCUGUUAGUUUACUAACGGGCGGUAGUGACGGAUCGCUUACUCUCUGGGAUAUAACAUCGUUGUUGUCGGCGGUACCUCUAUCAAGUAAUUCGCACACUAAUCUGUCGUCUACGUUACAAACCACCAAUUCAUGGGCUGUUUAUCAGCCAGCCUCUUUGAAUAAUGAGGAGAUGUUAAAUACUUUGAGGGAACUUAUUUCCUUUCAAACAGUAUCUCAGUGUAAAGAUACUGCUAAUACGUUAUCAUUGAGACGUUGUGCAGUCUACCUGCAACAAUUAUUCUUGAAGUUUGGAGCUACGAACGCCCAAUUAUUUCCAUUACCUGAUGGCGGUAAUCCUGUGGUAUUUGCAUAUUUUCAAGGAAACGGAAAAGUUCCACAGGUAAAAGGUUCCAAGAAGAAGCGUAUUUUAUGGUAUGGUCAUUAUGACGUUAUUUCAUCAGGAAAUACCUUCAACUGGAAUACCGAUCCAUUUGCUUUAACUUGUGAGAAUGGAUAUCUGAAAGGUCGUGGUGUAUCAGAUAAUAAAGGACCAUUGGUGAGCGCUAUCCAUAGUGUGGCAUAUCUUUUUCAACAAAAAGAAUUGGUGAACGAUGUUGUAUUUCUAGUGGAAGGAAGUGAAGAGAUUGGGUCUGCUAGUUUGAAGCAAGUUUGUGAAAAGUAUCAUGAUAUUAUUGGAAAAGACAUUGAUUGGAUUUUAUUAAGUAAUUCCACGUGGGUUGAUCAGGAGCAUCCAUGUUUGAAUUAUGGAUUGAGAGGCGUUAUCAAUGCACAAAUAAAAGUCUGGAGUGAUAAGCCCGAUGGACAUUCUGGUCUUAAUGGUGGUGUUUAUGAUGAGCCUAUGGUUGAUCUAGUUAAAAUUGUAUCUAAGUUGCAAAAUGAACGAAACGAAAUUCUGAUUCCAAAUUUUUACUCACCGCUGAAGGGUCUGACUGAAGAAGAAUAUCAAAGAUUCCAGAAAAUUACUAAGGUUGCAAAUAUCGAUGAAAGUACAACUGUUCAAGAUUUGAUUACAAAUUGGACUAAGCCUUCUUUAUCAAUGACAACCGUUAAAUUUAGUGGUCCUGGGAAUAUUACAGUAAUACCCAAAAGUGUCACCAUGGGUAUUUCCAUCAGAUUAGUUCCUGAGCAAAGCGUGAAGCAGGUCAAGAAAGACCUCAAAGCAUAUUUAGAAGAAAGCUUCAAGCAAUUGAACUGUCAAAACCAUCUAGAAAUCAAGGUUUUAAAUGAGGCAGAAGGUUGGUUAGGUGACCCAACAAAUCACGCAUACCAAAUAUUGAAGGAUGAAAUCACCGCUACAUGGGAUGUAGAACCAUUGCUGGUGAGAGAAGGAGGUUCUAUUUCUUGUUUGAGAAUGUUGGAAAGAAUAUUCGACGCCCCAGCUGUCCAAAUACCAUGUGGGCAAUCAACUGACAAUGGUCACUUGGCUAAUGAAAAUCUGAGAAUCAAAAAUUGGUCCAACUUAACUGAAAUUUUGUCUAAAGUCAUCAAUAAGUUAUAG